AUGUCUGCGCCAAUGUGCAUGAUGUCCCCUCAUCACAUCAUGAUGGGAUUUCCGUCUAAUCUCUGUAACUACAACUGCUCCGUACCCAUGAUCCCAAACAUGCACAUGCAGCCGCCCAUGCCGCCUGAAGUGGCCCGCUAUCUGAGUUCGGCUGGCCUUAGUGUCCUACCCACGCAUCCACCGGUCAUGUUUCCGCCUCCGCCUCCGCUUGCGCCGACGACGACCACUAAACCUCCUCCAGCCUCGAGACAGUUGGCA